CACACGAUGGCAACGUUGCUUUAGCCCACAUCCUCUUCAACUACUACUCUAGCGCCACCUGAACCACAGAGAACUUCCAACCUUGCGCUCCGAUAAUCCUUUCGCAUCCGUGCCCUACUUAGAAAUGGAUGACAGCUCUCAACCCGCUUCAAAGGAUAUCCCGUUUCAGAAACCUCUCGAUACGCAAAAGGAGAAGUUUUCAGGCAUGAAAGGGGAUAAGGAGCCGAUUGUGGGCGAAUUGGAGGAGGAAGAAAUCUUGAAUUCUGAGGAGGUUGCUCUUGAGGGCUUUGUUGCUAACCUUAACUUUACGCUGGUCUCGGCGAUCCUGUACAUGGUCAUUUGCUGGACGCAUAUGCUGGGACAAGAUUGCCCGGUUGGUCCCGCCACGCAUGAACGCCAAACGCUACCUCCGCCUCAAUGUGCGCUCUUACACAGAAUCCUAUUCGUGUGCGGCCUCCUGAGUCUCUGCGUCGCAUUCCCCAUCGUUCUGGGCAAGAUCCUCAUGGGCCAGUACAAGAUCAAAGUGAGGCUGCCAUUUUACGGCCCUCCUCUUCGCCUCCCCAAGUCUCAGAGGCAAUUCUUACGUGGGAUAUCGGCAUCCAUGCCAACGUGGUUCAUGCAGAUUCUGAAGUCAUUGUCGCUUGUCUUUCCAGCCGUCCAGUUUGUGAUGACUGUGGUAUUAUUAGUUGCACGUUUCUAUCUCACUGGGUAACUCGUCCCUCCAAAUACUUCCUCUUCUUGCAGAGUCUUUGCCAAUUAUCCUUCCACUUUCUCACCGUAUUUAACAUAACGAUGCGUCAGUUUCAAUGUAGUUUACACACAUUGGUUCUUGUAUCGCCUUGGCCUCCCGCGCAUGUCCCUUCCUUCAUUUCACUACGAGCAUGUCUGAUGUAUACGAUGAUAGUCAUUCCCUCGACUUUGAAGCUUUGACUUCAUCAGUGAACUGGUGAACCGAUUUAAAGCAAUAUAUUGCCGGGCAUCGCAAUAGUAUUGCGUAUAACGAUUUUAUGUU